AUGUCCAGCGAUCUGGAGGUCCUCGCCACCGCUGUCGAGCAUGUUCAGCGCAAGAUUGCCACCGUACUCCUGGGAUCUGUGCUCUUCGGUGUAUUCACUCUUUUGUUCUUUUUCUCGUCCACAAUCUUGAUAUAUCGUGGUCUUCGCGUGCACUCAUACGCUUUCCUAUUCGCCACCACUUCCGCCAUGUACAUCGUCUCGACGGUCUACUGGAUCGUCGAGACUGUCACUCUACUGCAGACGCUAUACUUGCCGUCCGAAUAUGCAUACCAAUCGGAAGACUCGCUCAUCCACAAGUCUCUUACGUUGACCGUCUGCCUCGGCCUCAAUGUGUUCUUUGGCGACGCAAUCAUCUUGUGGAGAACAUGCGCGUUGUGGAAGGACAACAAAUGGAUCAGAUGGAUCUCGGUGGUGGCCUUCGUUGCGAUCACGGGUCUUGAGAUAGCCGAUGCUGCAACCUCGAAGUCUGACAUUGCGAACUACACCACGAGUGUCGCACGUCUGCCUGUCGCUUUCAAGAACAUCUACGGGGGAGUUUCCAUCUUUCUCUCCCUUGCGUUCAACGUAUGGGCAACGAGUCUGGCCGCCGCUCGAACAUGGUUGUAUCAACGAGCUCUGAGGCGCUCCCAAACCAGCACGACGGGCCUUACGCGCAAGUCAUUAGUCUUGCUCAUUGAAUGUGGCGCUUUGUACUGUAUAGUUUGGACCGCAUUCAUUGUGUUCUCCGUCUACCGCGGUUACGAUCCGGAAGGGGCGCCUGCGUCGUAUGCUCUCGAUCAAGCCGUCGUGCAGCUUUCAGGAUGCUAUCCUUGCGUCAUUGUAGUGCUCGUCUGCUUGCGAAAGGCUCGCGACAAGCAUGAUUUCGGAUCAUUAGAAGCCCCCCGAUUUGGACAAAGCCAUCCCAGCCGUUCACUCCUCCCCCAAUCACCCACCGCCGCGAAGACAUCCGUCUCCAUCUCGAUUCCGUCGCCAGUCUUAACUUCUCCGAGUCAGCAGCAGUUUGAGCUAAAGACUUACUCGUUCGGACAGGCCUUGUAG